UGUGUGUGUGCAUAAAAAUAUAAAUAUAAAUACAUAUUUAUAUAUAAAAGAUAAUUUAUGAACAGUAGUACAUACAGUAAUAAAACCUAACCUAUAUAGGUUGACAUAACAAUAAGAGAAACAAAUUUGUAAUGUUAAGUGUGUAUUGAAAAAUAUUAUGGUAGAAUGUAUCCAGCAAAUCAUAAAACUAUCUUCGUAUUGGAUCAUACACCUUACUUUGGUAUAUCUUCUGAGUGCCCAUUAGAAUUUGACUUUUUAAAGAGUCGUGGACAAAAUUUAAUACCAUUAGCUCCUGUUUGUAAAUCCUUAUGGACUACAAGUGUUGAAGCAUCCCUUGAAUAUUGUCGCAUUGUUUGGGACUUAUUUCCAACUGGAAAAUUGAUCAGAUACGUUGUGACUGACCGUGCAGCUUACGUACUAAACUCAUGGAGUCCACUUCAACAAAAUUUAACCCAUAUAAUGAAUGGUACUGCCAUUCUUGGCGUACCAACAAAAAAUCCAGAACCAGGAGAAGAUUACUCAGUGAUACAUGGCCUGAGAGUAGCUAUCGAAACGCUCAAUGAAUGUUCAGAGAUUCAGCAUGAAAAGAGAACUUCUUUGAAUGUAAAUACCAGUAAACUUUUGAAUAGGGGUAGAGUGAUUUGUAUAACCAGUGCACGGGAUAAUAAUAAUAUGAAAAGUUUAGAAAAUAUAUUUUUAAAUGAAUUAACUCAAGAGAAUAAAACUGCUCUAGCUUCGGAUCAUUUAAUGCCAAUAGACUAUUGUCAUUUAGUUAUAUUGAAUAUAUGUCCUAAUAACAUUGAAUCUCAAGUCACAAGCCAAGGUCCACGAGAGGUUUCUCCACUUUUGACGGUAGAGGUUCAUUCUAUAAAAGCACCUGCAUUACAUUCAAAGUUAUCACAUCUUAUUUUAUCACAUUAUGACUUAGCCAGUACAACUGUAACUGGAAUACCAAUGAAGGAAGAACAAAAUGCCAGCUCUUCUGCAAACUAUGACGUUGAAAUAUUUCAUGCCUCUGCUGCUCAUUCUGCAAUCUUGAAAGGUAAUCCACAAGAUACAACAUUACUAAAAACAUUUAGAAGAUUCGAAGAAGGUUCAGAAUACGAAACGGUUACUUUAAAAUGGUGUACACCUCGAGGCUGUAGCGCAUCAGAAAUGCAAAAUUGCACUGCGAUGCACAGGAUUACUCCUGUAGAUGUAAAUAGUAGACCAUCUUCUUGCCUAAUUAAUUUUCUUUUAAACGGUAGAUCUGUAAUGUUAGAAAUGGCAAGAAAAAGCGGUGGUAAAACGAUAUCUCAUUUACUUGCUGCCCAUGGCGGUGAAAUUUUCAUCCAUACAUUAUCCACAUCAAGAAGUGUUCUUGAAGAUCCACCUUCUAUCAGCGAAGGUUGUGGUGGCCGUAUUACGGAUUAUAGAAUAACUGAUUUUGGAUCUCUUAUGAGAAACAAUAUGUUAGUGCCUUUAAAACGUAGUACAAGUGGUACUUUAGAAGGACCAGUGGAAAGAAUGAGACCAAGAUUAGAACGUCAUACAAAAUAUUGGCCAAUUACAAUUUCUAGUACUCUCAUAUACAACGUCAGACCGUUAAUCGAAACUUUACCAGAAAUAAUGAUAAAAAAUGAAAUAACGCAGGACGAAGUUUUGCAAUGCAAACAAAUAAUCUUUAAUAUACUUCAACACGAAACGAAACAUGAAGUAAUUUCGAUGCCUAAUAUAGGCAGUGCAAGAAUUGGUAAAGGUGUUGCUCGUCGUGAAGAACAAUAUCGUUUAUUAUGGAUUGAGUUAGAAACGUUUCUCAAGCAUCAUGCAAACAAUUCUGCUGCUCAUACGGAAGUUUUAAAUUGUUUGUUGGAAGUAAAGAGUAAAAACGAUAAAGAUAAAGUUGAAUUGGAUCAAGCUUUACGCGAAUUGGAUGGCUUUGGAAAAGAAGAUGGAACUGCACGAGCAAGUGUGAUCAGAGCAACAACAGAUUCACCUAUGUCACCACCAGCAAGUACAUCAAUAUCCGUUGGAAAACAACUUCACAAAGGAAAUCAUCAUACACCUAAGACUUUGUUAGAUAUCUGGUUUCAACGAAGUACACCGAAGGAAAAGAAACCAGAUUUUCAUGGCCGAAUUAAUAGCGAAGGUUCUAAGGCUAAAUUAUAUCCUAACUUGAAAGAAAGUGGAAGAGAACCUAGAGAAACGAUAUUAGAAGGAUAAGAGGCAGCUAUCAAAUAGUACCACUAAAAAUAAUCCAAAUAUUUC